CCCCGCCGCGGCGUUCGAAACCCAACGUCCGCCCUCGAGGGGGCGGAGUCGGGGCACCUGCCUGACGGCAGCUCGGCCCCGCCCCCUCGCAGGUAUCAACGAAACCGGCGGCCGGAGGAGCUCGAGCCCCAGUGCAGCAGGCAGCGACUUGCCGCGGGGAGUGCCCGGGCCGCAGCCCUAGUCCCGCGGAGCGCAGCCCGUCCCGGCCGGAGAUGGGGGAGCGCCGCUGGCUGCAGCUGCUGCUCCUGCUCCUGUGCGCGGCGCUUCUGGCCGCGUCCGCCACAGUGAGAAGUAAAUCCAACCAUACAAAAGGAAGAAGUUUUAUUGGCCAAAAGGUUGAAAAUAAAAACUCCUCUGUAAAAUCAUAUACUGUGGAUGACUUUGCUACAAAAAUCCUUACUGGAAAACUGACUACAAUUUUCCUUCCUGUAGUCUACAUCACUGUGUUUCUUAUUGGUUUACCAAGCAAUGCCAUGGCUUUAUGGGUCUUUUUCUUCAGAACAAAAAAGAAACAUCCAGCUGUGAUUUAUAUGGCUAACCUGGCACUAGCAGAUCUUCUAUUUGUCUUCUGGUUCCCUCUGAAGAUUGCAUACCAUAUAAAUGGCAACAACUGGAUCUAUGGUGAAGGACUUUGCAAAGUACUCAUUGGAUUUUUUUAUGGAAAUAUGUACUGCUCCAUUCUUUUUAUUACAUGUCUCAGUGUGCAACGGUACUGGGUUAUAGUGAACCCCAUGCUACACUCAAGAAAGAAGUCGGAAAUGGCACUAGGAGUUUCAGUUGCAAUAUGGAUACUGAUUUUGCUGAGCACCAUUCCAUUGUACCUUGUUGAUCAAACUGCAUAUAUUCCAAAUCUUAAUAUCACUACUUGUCAUGAUGUGUUGCCCCAGAAUGUAUUGGCUCAUGACAUGUUUAAUUAUUUCCUUUCUCUAGCAAUUGGAGUCGUCUUAUUCCCAGCUAUUCUCACGGCUGUUGCCUACAUACUAAUAAUUCAGACUUUGAAUGCCUCCAUUACAAAUGUAAACAUUGGAAAGAAACGGAAAAGAGCAAUCAAGCUCGUUAUUGCAGUACUAUCCAUAUAUCUUAUCUGUUUUAUACCUAGUAAUAUUCUACUUGUAGUGCACUAUUCUCUGAUCAGGGACUAUCACCAAAGUCAUGUGUAUGCCUCAUAUAUAACAGCAUUGUGUCUUUCCACUCUGAACAGUGGCAUUGAUCCAUUCAUCUAUUAUUUCCUUUCAAAAGACUUCAGACACAACCUUAAAAAUGCUUUCCUUUGCCGAAGUGUGCGAACUGCAAAGAGGAUGCAAGUCUCUCUUUCAUCAGGCAGAUACCCUAAGAAAUCCAACUCUUAUUCUUCCAGUUCAAACACAACUAAGACAACUUACUAAAUCUUUUCUUGUAGUAGAAAAAUGAACAUUUAUUAAUAUAGCAGUGAGCCUAUUGUGCAUAACGGGAAUCUUUUAUUUUUACAAGUGCAUAUGAAGCAACCAUCUGUUGGAUUCACACUGAGACUUUUUAAUUUCAAAACUGGCAACUGUUUACCUCUGAAUUCCUCAUGGGAAUAUUGAGUGACAUGGAAAAAGCAGCACCAUCCUGAGUUUGAUACUGUUUAAAAAAAACAGCAUUUAUUCUCUAAAUGGCAGAGAACUUCUGUAAUGCUUUAAUACCUAUGGAAUGUUGGAUGGUGCCUUUAUUUUAAUCACUUCUGCAUUUAACUCUUAAUAAUUUCGUGAAGGAUGCUUAAUUUUUAUGACUUGGUUAUUGUACUUUUGUUUUAUAUACUAUUUUUGUAUAUUAUAAACCAGCAAUUUAAGUAUCGUGUUUCUUUAGAGCCCUGUCCCUUUGUACAUAACUCCAUUAAGAUCAAAUGAGUAAUAAGGGUAAAUAAGAGAGCACCCUCUUAAACCACAGGAGGUCAAUUUCUUAUGCUUAGUAGAAUUAAUAUUGUCUAUUGGACUUUCCUGCUAUUGCAAAUACUGAAACUGGGGAAGCCUGAUACGAUUAUAUCGGUGAGAUAGCAAACUGACUAUGUUAUCAGCUAGCACUGAGAAAAAUUAAUUGUUCUUUGAUAGGAAUAUAUGUUGAGGCAAACUGUUUUCUCAGAUUUUGGCCAAUAUGUGAUCUUAAUGGGGCAUAAUAUGCUGUAUUUGUAGAAUUUGUCAUGUAGCUGUUUCACUUUUACCAUACUACUUCAUUUGUAUUAAGAUGUAUAAUGUAAAUUAAGUCACUUUUUAUAACUUA